UAGCACUGCUCGAGGGUCAAGUAGACCAGCGUUCUACCGUUGGUGUGUCUGAAAGAAAAGUGAGUUUACAAAAUGUUCUAACCAUCAGAUUGAGCCUGGAAGAAUACCUGAUUAGCAUCCAUAACUGUGGAUAUCAAUUUUCCUGGAAGAUUCAACCACCGCUGUUCAGAGCUGCUAUUGGAAUACCAUGUCUAAGAACUCGGAGUUUAUCAAUCUGUCAUUUCUGUUAGAUCAUGAGAAGGAAAUGAUCCUGGGAGUCUUAAAGAGAGAUGAAUACUUGAAAAAAGUGGAGGACAAGAGAAUAAGGAAGCUGAAAAAUGAACUCUUAGAAGCAAAACGUAGAAGUGGGAAGACUCAGCAACAAACGAACAGAGUCUGUGUUCACUGCCAGAGAAACCUGGGCUUAAUAUUUGACCGAGGAGAUCCAUGCCGGGCCUGCUCCCUGAGAGUGUGCAGCGAGUGUCGGGUCCCGGGCCUCGAUGGCAGCUGGAAGUGCACUGUCUGUGCCAAAGUCGCGCAGCUAAGGAUUAUAACUGGUGAAUGGUUUUUUGAAGAAAAGGCAAAGCGUUUCAAGCAAGUCAACGUUCUGGGCACUGAUGUAGUCCGACAGUCCAUCUUAAGAAGAAGUCCAGGAACUGAAGAAACACAAAGUCAAGAGCAAUCCCGCCAGGACCCAGAAAAGGCAGACACUUCACCUUCUUCCGGGCAAAAGGCCAGUCGUGAUGGACCCAGGAAAAAAGGAUUUCUCCUGAGCAAGUUCAGAUCAGCAACCAGGGGAGAGAUCAUGACUCCAAAAACGGAAAGUGGGCGGAGCUACAGUUUGGACCUAGACAGCCAGAACUUGCGGAGUUUAAAGUCAGUCCCUGGUUCAGACAGGGGAAGCACAGGUUCAUCCGAUCUUAAUGACCAGGAAGCUGGCCCCUCAACCCCGAAAAGCAGCCGGAGCAGUGGUGUGACCCCCAUCACUCAGAGGUCACCAGCCCCAAGCACACACAGUGUGGCUUCAGUCAGCUUUAGAAAGCGACAUGGUUUUGAAAGUUCCGUGGAUUUGGCUGCCAUUGAAAGCACGUAUGAGAACCUCACAAAGAGUCAUCGCAGAAAUGUUUCUGGUACACCUUCCAUAGCGGUGUCUGAGAUCUCCCUCUCCUCAGACCGGAGUCGAUCUGAGUUAGAUCUGAGUGGGUCAUAUCCGGAAGACUUAGAGAAUACUGUAAACAUAAGAAGCAAGUCCGUCCCUGGGGCUUUAGACAAAGACUUGGACUCCUUGGAAGAGACUGAGCAAGGUGUUCAUGGCUUAGCAUCCUCCCGGUUUUCUGCCAACACCCACAGUCUAGCAAGUGGCCUGUCAACCAAUUCUCAACCAGGCUGUGACAGGAAGUGGACCUACCUAAGUGUCCCUGAUGCGGACUCAGACACUACCAGCCUUAACAGCAUGAUGAGUGUUUACAGCGAAACAGGGGACUAUGGCAACGUGAAGGUCAGUGGUGAGAUCCUUCUCCACAUCAGCUACUGCUACAAAACUGGCGGGCUCUACAUUUUUGUCAAGAAUUGCAGAAAUCUGGCCAUAGGAGAUGAAAAGAAACAGAGGACAGAUGCUUAUGUCAAGUCGUACCUUCUUCCUGACAAAUCCAGAAACAAUAAGCGCAAGACCAAGAUCAGAACAGGCACCAAUCCAGAAUUCAAUGAGACACUAAAGUACACCAUCAGCCACACCCAGCUGGAGACGAGAACUCUGCAGCUCUCGGUAUGGCAUCAUGAUCGAUUCGGCCGUAACAGCUUCCUCGGGGAGGUGGAGAUUCCUUUUGACUCAUGGAACUUUGAAAAUCCAAGUGAUGAGUGGUUUGUGCUUCAGCCCAAGGUGGAAUUCGCUGCAGACAUAGGCCUUCACUAUAAAGGAGAGCUAACAGUUGUUUUACGUUACAUCCCCCCAGAGGAGAACCUGAUGAUUCCUCUAGAACAAGUUCAAGGAAAGAAGACCUUCAAAAGGGGAAAGAAGAAGGAGUCAUCCGUAAUCUUUGGAGGAAUACUGGAAGUGUUGAUCAAAGAGGCAAAGAAUUUGACAGCGGUGAAGUCAGGAGGCACUUCUGAUAGCUUUGUGAAGGGCUACCUGCUCCCAGAUGACAGCAAAGCUACCAAGCACAAAACUCUGGUGGUAAAGAAGAGUGUUAACCCUCAGUGGAAUCAUACUUUCAUGUUCAGCGGCCUGAACCCCCAGGAUAUAAAGAAUGUUUGUCUAGAACUUACUGUCUGGGACAAGGAGGCCUUCUCCAGCAACAUCUUUCUGGGAGGAGUUCGUUUGAAUUCUGGAACCGGUGUGAGCCACGGGAAGAGUGUGGAUUGGAUGGACUCUCAAGGGGAAGAGCAACGCCUGUGGCAGAAGAUGGCGGACAAUCCUGGGACUCCCGUCGAGGGUGUGCUCAUGCUCCGGUCCAGCAUGGGGAAGUGUAGGCUCUGAAGGUACCAGUCUCCAAAGUGAGGCCUCGAGGCACUGUCUGGCUGCUGUUUGAUCCCAGUAUUGGUCUUGCGACCUAGGAUUCUGCUUCCCUGCCAUUUUUCACCUGAGUGUAUUGGGACACAUGAGUAGAGAUGUCCACGUUAUGAACAUUUAGGGUCUCACUGAGUGUCUCAAAGAGCAUGUACCUCUGUGUUUCCAGGGACCAAGGCCUUUUUGAUUGGAUGGUAAAAAGUGUGCCACACUGUCCUGUCAACGGCAAGUUAUGCGAUGAUUCAUAGACUUCAUACCAUAAGGGAAAUGGUAUAAGCUUCUUUGAAACUACGGUUGAAAUUUGGAAUCCCUAAACUUUUUCUAUUACUGAGUUAUUUUACAUUUCCUAAAAUGGUUUGAGGGUUAAAGGGGCCACUCAUUACGUAGUUCACUUGAAGAGUAAGAAGGAAUACUGACUACGCUUUCCUCACCCUGGGAAUUCCCAUAAUCCCUAAAAGGCAUUGUGGGGAUGGUUGCUUAGACAAGGAGAUGGCCCUGUUAUUGUAGCAAACUUGUGGAUUAACCAGGUAAGUUUUCAAGAUGAACGGACAGGUUUUUCUAUGGUGAUUAUAUAAUCUAUAAUCUAAAUCAGCCCACUUUUGAGAGUGGAAAGAACUAGAUCUUUCUAUCUGAACAAUAGUUGGAUCGACCAGGGAAAAUGGAGACAUGUUGUCACCCUAAUUAUGACUUAGGAAUUAGAGAGAUCCAUUGUAAAUAUCUAUUUUGUAAAAUAUUCUAAGCCACUGACUACAAGGGAAUAAGAACUAAUGUACAUUUUCAGCCCCUGCAUGUGUCGUAUCUACUGAUAUCCCACUGGUCAAAGGAAGUCAUAUGGCCAAACCUAAAAUCAGGAGGCAGCGAAAUCUACUCUGUUCACGGUGAAGCCGUGACAAGCAUGAGGAUCCAGGAAGGGAAGAAGAAUCAGUAGUUCAGUAGUUCAAUCUACUUUACCUUCUAUUACCUGGAAUUCCAGGUGCGUCAGCCACCAAAGUUAGAGGCAAAGAUAGUUAAUGUUGAAAGGUACUUCAGACCUGGUUCCUCAUUUUGCAUGUUCCAAACCUGAAGCCCCUAGAGAGCUAAAGGACUUGCCCAAGAUCGUAUAGAAGCCAUGACGGUAUCCUGACUUAAAUCCAGGGUGUGACUUGUCAGCCAGUGUUCUUUCUACAGUAGCCCUUGGCAUAAUCUUACACUUCUCAGGGUGGAUGGGAGGGCAGAGAUGAAGGAAGGUGAGCGGAGUUGGGUUAUUUCAGUAUGAAGUACCUGCCUCUCUCUUCUUCUGGAGUCCUAUUCUAGCCCCUCAGUUCAUUUUUUCACUUGAAUUCAUAUAAAAUCUUCAAAAAGGUAGAAACAGAAUUUUACUGAUAUAAAAGCUAGAAUCAUCUUCAGGCUUAUUCAAGCUAUUUUUUUCCAUAUUCUGAAUUUCUUCCUGAAUUUUAAAAACUGAAAUAAGAAUAUAUUUAGCAUUAUUCUUGGGAAUAAGCAGUCUUUUUUCAAUAUUAUUCAAAAAUAGGCUAAUUCUCAAAAAUUGAACUUAUUGGUCAGUUGUAGCUUAGUACAUAGAGAACAUUUCUUUUUUUUUAACUCAACACCCAUAUCCCUGUGCUACUCUUCUUAAAAACAGAAAGCUAAAACUGUAAGAUCAUCACUACUUCCUAUAUUGGAAAAAUUAAUUGUCUUCAGACUUGAUCUGACUCAUUCUGUCUGCAGUGACAUUUUUAGGGCACAUGAGAGGGUGAUGUUGGUGAUGUCUGGAGACCUCUCCAGUGUAAACAAGCUAAAGUAUAUUUUAUUCACUAAUCACAGAAGUGGCAAAAUAAUAAAUUCCAAAAUGUAUACCUUGUACUCUAGAUAAGCAUGACUUUAUGAGUUCAGACCUUUGCCACCUUUAAAGCAAUUCUCUAUAUUAUGUUUUCAUAAAAUCCAAUAUCUAACUGGGUCUUUCCAUAAUGAAAAAACCCAAGUAUGCAGAAGUCCAUCAGAAACCUGCAGUGGUGUUCUCAGAAAAAAAAAAGGUGAAUUGACCUUCAGGUCACUCUGUUUUACUAAGUGUUGUGUACAGGUACAAAUAUUUUUAAAUAUAGGUAAUAUAUGUGAAUGGCACAAAAGUUAAAUGGUUCAAAACUGCGAAAAGUAAGUCCGCCUUCUUUAUCUUCCCUAGCAGAAAUGAUUGAUAGCCUCAUUCUUUCUUAUAGCUAUAUUAGAUGUUGCAUUAUAGGGAUAUGGCACAUUUAUUUAACCCCACCUAUCAAAUGCCACAUUAAAUAUGGUUAACUUCCCUACCUACAUUUGGUGGCUUUUCUGAGCAACCUUUCAAACAUCAACACUUCCACAAUCAAAAUGAGGCAUAUGUAUUAUACAGCCAUUCCACUUUGGGGUGUUUAUCCUCUAGAGGUGGAUAUAGAUGUGAGAAAUGAGUAAGUACGAAAGUAUUUAUUGCAAAAGAUAGGAAAGAUCCAACAGCCCAUCAGUAGAGGCCUUAUAAUACCAUAUAUGCCUACUUUCUCUGUUUCAUUAGUCUCCCUCUCCUUGUCUGCUGAAGAUCGCUCAGUGAGAAACUCUGGAUUCUCUAGUGCUUAUUCUUUCCUUCCUCCUCACUUCAAACACCCUCUCGGGCAUUAUCAUGUAUCAUGCCUCCAUGGGUUUCUGUGCUUAUAACUUCACACUCGCAGCUCCAACCCACACCAUUCCUCUCAGCCCCAGACCCAGAUCCAGCUGCCCAUAUGACAUAGCCACCAGCACAGUUCGUGUUUUCAACAGAGUCAAGACUGAACUCUUCAUUCGAGCCGUCCUCUUGUACGCAUUUCUAUCUACUUCAGUACAUCCUAUCCUGUCUCUCUACCUCGUACCUUCCUCUACCCAGUCACCAUAAGUAAUAGAGUUUCAGCCCAAGACAGCUCACCCCACCCUGUGUCA